AAUAAAUUAAAAAUGUAAUAAUCUGAUCCAAAUCAAACCUAAAAUUGGGCUGCUACUACACAAUCAUUCGAAGUCACAACGACACAAUAAUAGUACCCCCAGCAACAAUUCAUCCCUAAUCAAUAGCCGAAUUACUCUUAGCAAAAUUAAUAAUAUGGACAAUAGCCUUAGCAAGUUACUUAUGGACAGGUAAGUCAAUUUGUAUACCUUUUAAGCCUAUUGUUAGCAAUGUUUAUGCUCAACCAGUUCAAGUUGGAACGCCUUACUUAUAGACAGUGAUUGGAAAGUACUAUUAAUAAUUAUUCAGCCAAUUUAAUGCUCCUCCAUCAUUUAAUGCGAAUGGUGCACCGUAUCCUAUUUAAAUUAUAUGUCCAGUCUGCAAAACCUAAGGCAUUACAAAUGUAACAACUGAGAUUGGAGCAGGAACCUACAUGGUUUCAUGCUUAUUAUUUCUAUGUACUGGGUAUAAAAUUAUUUAAUGCUCAAAAGAAUAUUAUGUUGUUGGGUUCCUUGUGUCAUGCCUGAUUGCCAAGACAAAAUUCAUAGAUGUUCAUCAUGUCAAACAGAAGUUGGAAUAAAAUAGUAUGAUAUAUGUUGAACUUAAUAUAUAAUUGAUUUAAC